GCUUGGUUAUUUUUGUAAUUUCUAUGUUUGUUGUUAGUUUCUCUCUUAUAUUAUCACCUCAAUUUGGUGCUUGCCUACCUAAAUUUACUUUUAAUGUGCCGACAGAGGAGAAAAAGCUAGUUCUUGUUUCAGAUGCUUUGGUCUCCUAUUCUUCUCAAUACCCAUUAUUGAUUCUUGAAUUCUCGACCUGUUGCUGUUCUGGGUUCUUGAUCGGAUUCGGUUCCAAACAGAAAUCGCUUUCUGGAGGCCAUGAGUUCAAAAACGAGGGUUUUGGUCCUGGCACAGUUAUUUUAUGUGAUCAGGUUCUUACUGAGGGUAAACAAAAAGAUGUACUUAAAGCUGCCGGUGCAUUGUUUUCACAUAUUUGUGAGGUUUAGGCAAGGUUAAUGUGCAUCACAUUUAUGGACAAGCUAGUAUCGUGGGGGUUAAUGUUGGGAUAGAAUGACUUUGUUGGAUAUAUGGAUGAAUGUAUCGAAUCUUUACAUAAAUAAAUGUG